CAGUCGUCGCGCUACCAGUCGUCCUGCUCGUGCUACCAGGAUCUCUUUUGGUCCCUCAAAAUUUUUUUGGAAUUGUUUCGAAACAAGUUAUUCGACACCCCGCAACGGUCCCUCGUAGUUAAAUAUCAAUUCGAGAUGGAGAUAUUCGGUGAGAUGCAGCGAUCGAAUUGAUCAUUAUAUCGAAUUAAAUGUAGUUGAUGUAGUUUGCGUGGAUAAGGCACAUCUCCGUUCGAUUGUGGAACUUUGACCUUCCUGGCGUUUCGGAUGGUUGCGUUUUCGAAUGAAUCGAUGGAGAUUUUUGAAGACGUUCCUUUUGAGAAGAUAGAUGCGAGCAAGUCAACGAAAGGUGCCAGCAAACUUCGAAGGGACCUGAUAAAUGCCGAAAUCGCCAACCUACGUGAUUUACUGCCAUUGCCACCCUCGACCCGCCAGAGACUUUCCCAGCUACAGCUUAUGGCCUUGGUUUGCGUAUUUCUUCGAAAAGCCAAUUACUUUCAACAAGCCUUGAAAAACUGUCCAUCCGAUUCUUCGAAUAUCCCGACUCCUAACAUAGGAUUUUCAAAAGCCAUGUCCGGAUUUAUAAUGAUGAUGACCCAGCAAGGAAAACUAUUAUAUAUAUCAGAAAAUGCAGCGGAAUAUCUUGGGCAUUCUAUGGAGGACUUGCUUAUCCACGGAGAUAGUGUUUAUGAUGUUAUAGACAAGCAGGAUCAUAUAGUUGUACAAAAUCAAUUAUCUAGAAAUAGUCCAAUUCCAAGUGAUAGAAGAUUGUUCCUCUGUCGAAUUAAUGUAUCCAGAAAUUCUCGAAGGCAACUACGUUUUGGUGAUCAAAAGGUAGUGCUUGUUGAAGGUCAUUUCUUACCUUUUGUUCCUGUCUGCAAUCGAAAUGAGUUUGUUUUCCUUGCUUCAUGUACGCCUGUUGUUUUACCGGAAACCAGAGAAAGUAUUGUUCAGGGUGCAACAAAUAUUUUCACUACAAUCCACUCUAUGGAUAUGAAAUAUCUGCAUAUUGAUAAAACUGCAGAAAGCCAUUUAGAAUAUAGUCGUAAUGAAUUAGUAAACGUGUCCUGGUACAAUUUGCUACAUUGGGAUUCUAUACGAACAGCAUACUGCAAGCAUCAAACUGUAAUUCAGUCUGAUCAAGAACGGUCUGCAACUGCAUUAUUAAGAUUACAGAGCCGUUCCGGGCGAUGGUUUUGGGUGCAUUGCGUUCUUCAAGUCAAGGAUACAUCCGAAGAGUGUCAACAUCCUAUUAUUGUCUGUACAAAUCAAGUUUUAAGUGAUAGGGAAGCAGAAGUUAUGCGUUCAAGCUCAUGGUUGUAUCAGUAUUCUUCUCAAACUAAGUUCACCUACACUAUCUGUUCUGCAAAUCAGAAUCGUAGUACGCCAUAUACUGUUGGUAGCCAAAAUAAUCAACAGCAAGACUAUACUCGAUCAUUACCUCACACUCACAAUAAUGAUGCUCAGCAUUCUCCUACUAUUCGAAAUUCAGAGCAAGAUCUACAUGGAUCUACGAAAACGCAGCUCGAAGACUACACAACAAGAAACACACGUGAAGACGCAGAACCUGUGGACAUGUCGAUAAGCAGUAGUGAACAUGAAAACAGAAAUAUACAUGUGAAUAUACCACAUGGUCAUUAUGCGCUUGGUCAAUUUACAGAUAGGUACAAAGCACACCACAAAAAUUUAAGUGGUUACCGUGCGAAAUUUAUCCAAUGCCAUGGUCAAUAUAAUAUGGAUGCAUUGUCAUCUCCCAAAUAUUAUAUCACAGACUUAGAUAAGGACUAUUGUUGUAAUGAGAGAAAUAUAUCUCACAAAAGACUUCAAGGUAAGGCAUUACCGGUAGUAACAAUCGCUGGAUCAACAGGUGAUCCUUCUGAACUGACCAUGGAACAUUGGAAUUCAAGUCCAGUGUGGUCGGAUACUUUACAAAGGGUACCUGACGUUGUCCAUCAAGAUCUUAGCCCACAUGUUGCAACACCAACCACUCCAGUUGAUACUCCGGAUUCCGAACUACAUUCAGAAACACAAAUUUUUAAUUUCGAUUGGACAGCUGAGCAGCAUGUGCCCAAUCUAAAGAUCACUUUUCGUAGUUCGAAUCAGGGAUCUAGGAAAGUCCAAGAUGUUCAGCCCAUCACAUUACAGUUACCACGUAAAAAGGGCCAAUCUAUGAGUGAUUCUAAAGACUUUCCUAAAUGAGACUGUACACUUGACGAAUUGGUGUUUCAUUUUAGAUAGGCAAAUAUUUUUUUAAAGUAGAUAUAACUAGUUUGGAGGUCUAAGUCUCUGAACAAAAUAGAAAAUAGGUGCUAGAGACUGAGUUCAGCUAGAAGCUGAUCAAAAUGUAUUGUUAUUCAGAAAUUUUAAAUAUUAAACAAGAUUAAUUUCAAAGAAAUUGAAAUAGAUCCAUUACACUAGUUCCUAAUGCAAUAAUUAUAAAAAGACUUAUUGUUACAGUUUAUUGGUAUGACAUAUAAAACAAUAUUUGCUGCCUUUUUACCAGAUCAACAUUAAUUAACGUUAAAAUGAAUUCCCAGUGA